GAUCCAACAGAAGGCAAAAAACCCUACUUGGGGCAAUUACCAAUUGUGCCACAACAGGGGAAAAAAUUCCUUCUUGAUUCCAUAGUCAGAUUUCUCCCUGGAUCAACUUGCUAAUACUACUGUCCUUUUGACAGUUGUAGCUGAACCAGGAAAGCAUCCAGACUUUUCUUAAAAAUAUCCACAGACCACUUAUUUUUAGUUCCAAAGUGCAUUACCUUACACUUAUCUAUAUUGAAUCUCAUCUGCCACUUAUUUGCCCAGCCCCCUAGCAAACACAGACAAGUGACUCCCAAUAUCUAUUGCAAGAUAAUUAGUAAAUACGUUAAAGAGAACUGGACCCAAUACAAACCCCGAGGCAGCCCACUUACUACAGUUGUCCAGCUUGAGAAUUUACCAUUAACCACAACUCUUUGCACCCUGUCACUAAGCCAAUUUCUCACAUGAUUCAUUUAAAAAGUACAUUACACAAGAAUCUUUUAUGGUGAGAAAGCCUUGGAAGAAAGACUCAGGGGGAAUGUUUCAUAAUUCAACUUGCAGCCUUAAAAGAAUAACCUGCUACAAUUAGAAGUAAAUCCCCCCUCUUGUUGGGUUUACAUUUUUAUUUCAAUAUGUGAAGAGCGAGAAUAGGGGCUAUGGUGUUAUUGUGUGAUUUUGAUGAUAUCCUUGUUUUAAUGCCAUAGCGAAAGUGGUUGUACAGACGGACUUUUGAGCAUUUGAGGUGUGAUUGAGCUGUCAGGAGAAGUUUUGCUGGUUGGAGAACACGACAUCCCGUUGUACGCGAUGGGAAACAGUGCCUUGAAAGCCCAUCUAGAGACUGCACAGAAGACUGGAGUUUUCCAGCUUACAGAAAAAGGCUUAACCGAGUUCCCGGAGGAUCUGCAGAAGUUGUUUGGAAACCUCCGGACCAUAAAUCUCUCCAAUAAUAAAAUAGAAGUGUUACCAGCGUGGAUAGGAAAAUUCAGCGCUCUCAAAAGCUUGUCACUAAAUCACAACAAACUGACCAGACUUCCUGAUGAACUGUGUAAAUUGAAAAAGCUGGAGACGCUGCAUCUGAGUAAUAACCAGAUUACGCAGCUCCCGAAGGACUUUGGUCAGGUUUCUGCAUUAAAGACCCUAAACUUAUCGGGCAACCAGCUGCGAGCCAUGCCACCCCAGCUCUGCACCCUGCGGCAUUUGGACGUGGUGGACUUGUCAAAAAACAGGAUCCAGGCUGUACCGGACGAGGUGGCUGGCGUGCAAGCCAUAGAAAUAAAUUUGAACCAGAAUCAGAUAUCUCAGAUCUCCAUACAGAUCUCAAGCUGCCCACGUCUCAAGGUCCUGCGCAUGGAGGAGAACUGUCUGGAGCUCAGUAUGUUGCCCCAGAGCAUUCUCAGUGAUUCUCAGAUAUCGCUGCUGGCUGUGGAAGGGAACCUCUUUGAAAUAAAGAAACUCCGAGACUUACAAGGAUAUGAUAAGUAUAUGGAAAGAUUCACAGCCACAAGGAAGAAAUUUGUGUGAAUGGACAAUUAUUUGCUACGUUACUGAUAUACACUUUACCUGUGCAAUAGGCUCUAAAUAUAGGGCCAGACGCUUACUGUAUCCUUUGCGGGAUUCACACUGUACAGCAGCGUAGAAGCGUAUGGAGACGGCGCACCAAGAUAUCGCACAUCGCCUAGUCUUAAUCCACCUGUCAUUAUCCUGACAGCUUAAAUAGUUAAAGCAUUUCUUGCAUUUAACAAGACAUUUCAGCAGAGUUUAUAUAAAAAAUUGUAUAUUUUCCUCUUAUGAAACGUUAGUCUUGUAAAUUUCAGCGUAAUAUGUCAGUAAGCCAUUAUUCUUACAUUUUAAUUACACGAAGCUGGUGUGAUUACUGAUUGGUUUGGUUCAUGGUGGCACCGUAAUUAUAUACCGACUACAACCGUAACGUAAUUAAUAGGGUUUACAAUGUUUUGUCGUCUUUGAUUAUAUAAUGUUCUGCAAGUGGCUAUUAAACUAAAUUAUUAUAGAAGUAUCAAAA